AUGUCCACCUCUCCGUCGGAUACAGAAUCGUCCCACUGGUGCUACCACUGCAACAAACGCGUCAUCAUCGUCGAAACUCAAGACGACGUCGUCUCCUGCUCCGAAUGUAACAAAGGCUUCGUCGAAUCAAUCCACCCGAUCUCCGUCCCGCCGCCGCCACGCUCCCCAGAUCUGAGCGUAGAAGACUCCACCAUCGGCUCGCAUUUCCUCCAGAUGCUCCGUCUCUUAACCCACGCGCCUUCUCCGCCGCAUGCGUCGUCGUACGAAGACGAGUUCUUCGGAUUAGAGCUUAAUCGCACAAACGAAAUCGAAAUCGAAGACGAGGAGGAGGAAGAAGAGGAAGAGGAAGAGGAAGAAGAAGAAGAUGUAAUCCCGAUCACGAGCCGAUCGAUAACCGGACGUAACCGGAUUCUCGAUUGGGCCGAGAUUCUAAUGGGAAUCGAAGACAAUUCAGAUCGGUACACUCUAAAUUCAUCUGAUUACGUCGACGACGGAGCUAAUUACGAGGCGCUUCUCCAGAAUCUAGCUGACGGAGACGGCGGCGGUGGUGGUGGGAGGAGAGGAGCGCCGCCGGCUGCUAAAUCGGCGAUUGAGGAGUUAGAGAGUUACGAGGUUGGUGGCUCUUCUGAAGUUUGUGCGGUGUGUAAAGAUGCGAUGGUUGUUGGUGAAACUGUUAAGAAGUUACCGUGUGGGCAUUGUUACCAUGGUAAUUGUAUUUUACCGUGGUUAGGGACGAGGAACUCUUGUCCUGUUUGUAGGUUUCAGCUUAAGACUGAUGAUGCUGAGUAUGAGGAAGAGAGGAAGAAACGAAUUAUCGACACCAACGCCACGUCCUUGAGUGAUUCAUCUGCUGCUUCUUCUUCGGCUUAAGGUUUCUUCUCUUUAUAUGUAUGUGUGUGUGUACCCUUUGUUUCUUACUCUUUAGAUUUAAAGAAACUUUGAUUGGUCUCAUCAGCAAUGUUUUAUUUUGCAAAUAUCAACAAAGAACACAAAAUUUCCUGCUGGAAAAGACGGUUUAUAGAUUGUGUAUUUGUGACUUUGUGUUGUAGCUUCUCUCGAUUAUUGAUAGGUGAGGUGUCUGGUGAAGCCAAUGGAUAGAUAUCUUUGUAGCUUCUUCAUUCCGACCAACUCUGAGGUUGUGCUAUUGAAUAUCUCUUUGUCUUUUCCUGUAGUUUUCCAGUAUCCUGUAUUCGUCGCCCGAUUUGUUCUCACACCCGUCGGGUACUUUCGGUCGCGUAGACUAAAAAAAUGCCAUUCUUUCCCUCCCAUUUUCGCCUUCUAUAUCAGGUGGUCGCGUAUCUAUUGAUGCGAUUACGCUCGGAUCGUAUACUACAAUUGUUUGGGUUUACAGAAGUUAAUACAAAGGUUCUUAUCAAUAAGCCUAAUCAAUUCUCGAACGUUUAAACAACUUAGGGGCUAUUAUUAGUAGACAUAAUUAGCAUUUAACUAAAUACUUUUCCCCCUAUGGCAUAUAAGUUUAUAACAAAACAAAUAAUUUAAAAACUGCAGUAUAGUAAAAACUGAUACUUAUUGUUUAAUAAUGAUAAAAUGGGGGGUUGCUGCUGAUACUUACUUUUU